AUGCGUCUUCCCUACAUCCAAGAUCCCCCACCAACAAAAACAGAAGACGAAGCCCGUAUCCUGGCAAGCGUCCAAGCCCGCCGAGCCCCAAACCCCCUCCUCCCACUCGACCUAGCCCUCCUCCACUCCUACCCAGUAACAGAAGGAUGGAACUCCUUCAUCGGCGCAAUCCGCACGCGAACAAGUCUCUCAACUGUCGUCCGCGAACUAGCAAUCUGUCGCGUGGCAGUAGUCAACGGCGCAUUAUUCGAAUGGGAACAACAUGCGCCACUACUGCAGCAGGGCGGGCUGAGCGAGGAGGCAUUGGCGAUUGUAGGUGAUGCGCAGGCUGGUUUCAAUGAUGAGGGCUCGGGUUCGGUUUUGAGUGCUGAGCAGAGGGCUGUUCUGAAGUAUACGGAUGCAAUGACUAAAACUGUUGCUGUUCCUGAUGAGGUGUUUGCGGAGGUAAGAGCUUGUUUUGAUGAGAAGGAGGUUGUGGAGAUCACAGCUACUGUUGCUGCUUAUAAUUGUGUUAGUCGCUUUUUGGUUGCUCUUGAUGUUGGAGAGAAGAAUCAUUGA